AUGAACGCGAUCGUAGCCCUCGUUGUGCUUGCUCGCGUUGCUCUCGCGACUACAGGUGUUGAUUACCUUGACCGUAACCUGGUAUAUCGUUCGCCUGUGCUCGAGCAUCCCCAGGGCGACCCGUUCGACACUUCGCUCCUGCUCUGGACGCGCGCUGUUCCAACGCCGGUAGCAAACAGCGAGGCCGGGGGUCCGGAUCAGAGCGUUCCUGUAUGCGUAUCAUGGAAGAUCUCGACCUCCUCGUCCCUGUCCCACCCUGUAGAUUCAGGUGAAGCGUUCACCAGCUACGACGUCGACUUCACCGUCAAAGUCGAAGCGACCGGUCUCUCGCCUGACACGCACUACUUCUUCCAAUUUGCGGAUUGCACGGCCCCAAGUAGUGUCUCUCCCAUUGGCAAAACGCGAACUCUUGCCAGCCCCGACAGUCAAGUGAAUGGCGGGCAACCUCUCACGCUCGCCGUGUUCUCCUGCUCGCAAUAUCAGACGGGCUGGUUCAACGCAUACGGUUUCGCUGCGCACAACACAUCGGCUGACGUGUUCAUUCACCUCGGUGACUACAUAUACGAAUCCGUCGGAAGCGGCGCCAAGAUCGGCCGCCAGGUCCUUGGCCGUGAACUCGCCACUAUCGCCGACUAUCGCCAACGACUCGCGCAGUACCGCACCGACGCUUCGCUGGUCUUUGCGCACCAGAAUGCUCCCUGGAUCACGGUCUGGGACGAUCACGAGGUCGCAGACAACAGUUGGAAGGCGGGCACGGCCGACUCGAACGAUACCGCGCUCGGGUGCAGCUUUUCCAAAGCGGAGAACGGCGUAGGCGCCGCGAGCGGCGCUUGUUUCACGGAUCGCAAGCUAGCGGCAGUCAGGGCAUACCACGAGUGGCUGCCGGUAAGGCAGGUGGUGGCGGAUGAUCAGCUAAGAAUAUGGCGCAGCUUCCAGAUCGGCAAGCUGCUAGAUCUGACGAUGCUCGACACGCGGCAAUACGACCGGGACUUGACUGAUGUGUACUAUAACACCGAUGUCAACACGAUUUCCGACUUUGCCAAUCGCUCUCUCAUGGGGUUUGCGCAAGAAAACUGGUUCUUCCAGCAGCUCUCACAGUCGCAAGCGCGAGGCGCCGUUUGGCGUGUUGUCGGUCAGCAAAUUGUCUUCACCCAACUUAAUGAAUCGGGAGCUUUCGACCUUGACGCCUGGGAUGGCUACCGUCAAAACCGCGAGCGCGUGCUCAGCCACCUUUAUCAAAACAAGAUCGACAACACCAUCAUACUGUCCGGCGACAGUCACGCCAAUUGGGUGUCCGACUUGGCCCACCCGAAUGACACGAAGACCUAUGACCCCGUCACCGGCAAAGGCGCCAUUGGCGUUGAGUUUGCCGGGACCGCCGUCACCUCCGAGUCGUCCUUCGGUUCUGGUAUCCUUCCCGCCGCCGCGGACGUCAAGUCCGCUGGAUUGGUCGCCGCCAAGGGCAACGAGGAUCUGCAGUGGAGCGAAGGCUCCUACCGCGGCUUUUUCACGCUCACGAUCGACCCGCACACGCUGAACGCGACCUACUACGCCAUGCGCAACAUUAGCAACCCGAACCUGGACGGAUUCGCGAGUGCGCACUUCGUCGUGCAGAAUGGCGCGAACAAGCUCAUGCGUCCCGUGGCAGGCGGCAGUGUGCAGGCAGGCAUCCUCAAAGUCAACGCGGACUGA